UCCAAAGGCUGGCAAUCCAUACAGUUCCGAGCGCUGCGCUUCGCUCAUUGCCCCACAAUUUUUCAUCCGCGCCGCUUGUGUUUCGUUCGCCGUUCGAAAAAUCCGAAAGAUAUCAACAAAAAGAUGGAUACUUGACGUAUGGCUACAAGAAAUAUUCCGAAAUAAUGAUAUUUGUGCUCGGGACUGCUAAGCGAUUUAUUGGAUAAUCGAAUGACAACACUACGCAGUGCAGGAAACUCGGACUUUGUCGCCCUUUGCGUUUCUUUUCGCAACGGCUACGGGCAUUUUGUUGUAAACGCGGGCGUAAACAAAAAAGCAAGUGCAGUGGGAGUUGUUGUACGCUCCAGAACUCAAAAGUGAAGGAGGAAAUAGAAAAAGUUUAAUGUAAUAUACAAAAUACAAAGUGAACUUCUAAACAUAUCAAAUACAAAUUUCACAUAUCAUCUACAAUUAUUACUAUAAAAGGAAAGGAUAAAACGGAUACCGCUUGUAAAAUAUUAUUGAAGCAAGUGUUCACCACUGGACAAUACAUAUCAAAAACGUCGAAAACAUAUCAAAGCCAACGAGUGAUACGAGGAGUUAUAAACAGUUUAACACGUUCUUAAGUCCCCUCUCCCCCCGAGAAACCCAAGUUCCCAGACCCACCCGUGUAACCGAACAGAAACAAAGUAAACUUAAACGUAAGCUACCGUGACUAGCCGGCCCUGUCGAGUCCGCGAACCAAGUUAGUCAACUACAAAUAAUGCGCAUACAAUAGGAUCGAUGUUACCGCAAAACUGUAUGUCCCUCCAUGAUAUUCCCAAGAGAAAAGAAGAAAGAUCUAUGGCGUUAUGCGUCCAGAAACAAUCCGGGUCCGUGCGAUGGGGUGCCAGCAGCACCGCCCGUCCAGCCACCACGGCCGCCGCCCCCUCCACAUCGACCCCGCCCUCAUCCGGCGCCUCCCUGCUCUGGCUACUCCUGCGACGAGGACUCCUCUGCAAUGCGCCAGACGCCGCCGCCGCCCUACAGCUCGAUGUCCUGCGCCAUGGACUGCUCCGGCUCCGGUUCCUAUUGCAAGAAUCUGACUCAGGUGCAGAACAACAACAACAGCCACCCGUACCGCCUCCUGCCAAAACACAAAGAUCUUAUGUCGCCACCGUCAGCGUCCGACCGCUGCUUUACCGCUCCUGGAUGCAGUUGCGCAAGCUCCUGCGACGAUAUGUUGAUCGACGGAAGCGAUCAGGAUCAAGAUCAGGAUCGGGGGCAAGUUCAGCAGGUGGAUCGCCGGAUGUUAAGUGCCACCACAAUUGCUACUAUGUUUCGGAAGUGCUGCGGGGGCACCUCGGAGUCCACCAGCGGAUCCACACCCACGAUUCCUGUCACCACGAACCGAGCCGUCCACCAUCUCCAAAACCAAACCCACAAUGCGAGAAGGAUUCGCGAGGAUUUCGAUGCGCUGAUGAAACUGUUGAAGCGCAAGCAGAUGGCGGAGCUUUUGCUGGCGGUCAAGAGUCGCGUGGAUCCGCCGACCAGGACACAUCGCGAUGCCGUUACCACAACCGCCUCCCCCGCACCCACCUACUUGCAGUGCAUACUGAUCCACUGUACGACGCCAGCGGAUUGGGAGCAGCAUGUGACCGCCAGCCGGCUGUUCUUCUGGCCGGGAUUAAGGAGCGGCGAGGAGUUGAAGCGACUUCCCGCCUGCCCUGCUGCCCGCGACUGCGUUUACAUGUGCUGCAAUCCGCUGCACUGGUUUCGCAUCCUGCAUCAGCCCGAAACAGAAGCUCAACCGCCGCCAUACCAACGCUCAAAAAUGCAGAGACUGAGAGAUGCAGAUUCCGAAGAAGACUCGCAGAACGAUGCAAAGUCGGCAGCGCUGAGCACGUGGAGUGCGCAGAGCAGCAGCAUUUCGAGCAUCUUCAAGCCGCCUCUCUUCGAGUCGUUCACCACUGAUGGAAAAGAUCAUAACAUCAAUAGCAACGCCUGGUGCCAAAUAGCCUACUGGGAGAUGGCCGACCGAGUCGGGGAGUUCUUUCACGCCAGAACAAAAGCAGUCAAUAUCUACACCGAUGGGAUCGUGGGCAGUAAUGGCGACAGCAUGUGCCUACGUGACCUUAAUCCCGCAGGCAAGCAGGUCCACUCGGAGGUGGUGCAAACUACGCGACAGAAGGUCGGAUUGGGUGUGACAUUAAGCCUGGAGAGCGGCGAUGUUUGGAUUUACAACCGUGGGAAUACACCCGUAUUUGUGGAUUCUCCCACCCUGGCCGAAAAUCUGGACCGUGUGUGUAAAGUGAUGCCCGGUGUCUGCCUGAAGGCCUUUGAAACAAGCAGGGCUCAACUGCUAAGCAUGAAACAGCAAGAACAUCACCACAUGGGGCCCGUCGACUACUUCAGCAUAAAGAUCAGCUUCGUAAAGGGGUGGGGGCCCGCCUACAAAAGACAGAACAUCAUGGGCUGCCCCUGCUGGCUGGAGGUCCACUUUAGCCAUCUGCGGUGACAGUACCUGCUGCAGGCCCGUUCGGCAGGACCCCAUCCGACAUCCCAGCACCAGCUCGAACCUCUGGGCUACGGAUACGGUUGCGAUCCGGUGAGCAGCUGUCGGAGGGAAGGAAAUCGGCGAUCGCCCCAACUGCUGCGAAAGGUAAAAAAGCUGCUGACCAGACUAUGCAGGCAAAUGUGCGCACUGACGGAUCCGGCGUCGAGGACGAGAUGGAGGUGUCUGGCGGGCAGGAGAUCGAGCCGCCAGCUUACCAUUAAACAACCAAUAAUUUGGAACAACAAAGGACUGCAAAAGAAAUCAUUUUAAAUGUUAAUAUACAUAAUUACGAAACAAGUUUCAAUUACUGAUAGUAGACACAUCGAAAUUAAUUUUAAUGCAUCUGAGUCGCAUUAAGUGAGAGAAGUCGAGGAGUCGGACGAGUUAAAUUGAAAUACAUAGUAAUUGAUUGUUAAACAUACAUAGAAAAAAUUGAAAUCCUGUGAUUCACUCUAUAUAUACACAUGUAGUAUGUACCGACGCGUGGGGCUAGAGCUCCAUUGCCAGUAGCUAUAUGAUAUGUAUAAAUAUUUAACUUAUAUAUACAUACACACUUAACAGAAGGCACAUCAGGGUUAACAGUUUCGAGAAUGGCAGAUAGUCUAGUUACGACAAAACAUUCAGAAGCCCCUACCUUUUCUAUGCGACUUUUUUAAAUGAACAUAAACCCAUAAUUUAUACCCCACCCAAUUGAAACCAAACAUCACUGAAAUACAAAUCUGUUCAGUAGAAUCUGCAUAGAUGCUAGGUUUAAUAAAAACAACACAAUUAACAAAAUUCUAUACGGCUUUAGACUCUAGCGCAUAGCGAUCCAAUUGGCUUUAAGAAAGCAUACGUCAUGUUCGAACAUUAUUUGUUUUAUGUUGAUAUUUUGACUGUUUUCGUUGUCAUGUCAUUCAUUCAUAUUAAAAACAACAUUCAUAUAAAAUGUAUAAAAGAAUAUCGCACUACGAUGCUUACAGCAUAGAAUACUUUUAUUUAAAUCUGAAACCAUCCAUCGUCAGUUCAUGUUUCACAAGCCCCAACUUCGGUUGCAUUUCCACCUGUAGGAAAUGACAAUUCGAGAAUUUGGAGUAGUAGUAAAAUCCAUGCGCUAGAGCUUUUAACCUCUGUACCAAACAAUACCGUAUGUAGGCCUAGAAUCCCAGCCUUGUAUGUAUUUCGUUUUAAGAAUAAAUGCGAUCCACGUAAAACUAUUGUUACCAUUUUCUCACUGUUAAAAGAUGACCGUGUUCAGUAAAUACAUAAAGAAUGUAGGUACGUGAUUAUUGUAUGUAUAUUUUAAUUCCAAAAAAGCACUAUACAAAAUAGUAACAAACCUAAUGAGCAAAGAUAUUGGGCUGAUUUAAAAAGUUCUGCCUAUGUAAAAUUAAAUCGUAAAGUCUGGUGGACAGACAUGUAUACAUACAAUAGCUUCAAUAUGAUCAAAUAUUUAAUCAGUGCAGUUAUACUGUUAAGUUUAAAAACUUGUAAUAAAAUUUCAAUAUAUUUACAAAAACAAUUGGAAUUCUGAAUACAACUUCACUUUAAAAGCUAUAAUCAUCAAAAAUAAUAAAGCGGCAUUUACAUUUUUCGGAGACAUUA